AAGUGUCUUCAAUAAAUUAUUUUAGUAAGAUCUGAGAAUUUAGUAAUUCAAUUAAGCUGUCUACACUCUAAAGUCUAGAGAACAUGAACAUAAAAACGUUCUUGUGUGUGACGGCAGCCCUCACGCUGAUGAUAAGACAAACAUUUUCAACGGAAGAUAACAGUGACAAAAAAUUCUAUAUGAACAACGAUCAACAAGCCAGCCAUGAGUUGCUUGGUUGCGAUGCAGCAAAAGUGGCAGAAGAGGCGGGGCGACAUCUUGGUGAAACAAUCAAGGAUCAAUUCUUGCGUCACAGCAAAGUCAACUUGAAGAACCUGACGCUUCCUUUCCUCCCCUUGAUAUCUCUCUACCAAGUAUCGUUGGCGCUGACUAAUGUGCAAAUCUUGGGCCUGGAAAAGUUCACAUUGAACGUUGACGUGCUGGGCAACAAGAACAAGAGCUUCACGUUCUCCUUCCCUCAGCUCACGUUGCUGGCUGACUACGUCGCUGGCGGUCACGUCAACGACCUUCCCUUCGUCGGGGAGUCCACGCUCAAUGCCACGUUGAUCGAACCUUCCAUGCAAGUGUGGUAUUGGCAGAAGCCAGGCACCAAAUUCUGCGCCCUAGAAAACUCUACGGUUUACCAGCUUAAUCUCGCCAGCAUGGAUAUAAAUUUCGAUGACCUAAACCCCGGGCAAGAUUCAGGACAGCUCAUCAAUACCAUGCUGAACGCAUACGCGAAGGAUCUAGCAUUCCUACUCACGAUGGCUCUAAACGACGAAACAAAACUCCAUCCUAAAGUGGACAACAUCGUCGUCAAAAUUAUCAAUAAUAAGUGUCCCAUGUAUCAUAGCUACCUCGCAAAAACGUUGCGGUCAAUCCAAGAUGAAAUCAAGCUUGGUGAACUGAGAAGUAAAAUUGCUGCUCCGGUCUUUGAACCUGAGACGAAAUUCCAGAGAAAAAUUCAAGUGGAUUCUAAUGAUAAUGUUCAUGACUUCUAUUUUACUAAAAAGGAAUUUUCAACGGAUCUGAUUGAAAAUAUGAUAGACGUAGAGCAGGAAUUGAAAUUCAGCAUAGAAGAAGAAGCUUCGAAAGAAAUCGAGGAACCCUGA